UGAAACUCAUUGAAGUCGAGCUGACCGUCUCACCGCGCAUGGCAUGGCUUUAGGCCAAGCACGGCGCUUCGGCGGUCUGGCGGCCCUGCCGCAGGUGCGGCCGCAGACUGGGCAGGAGGCGGCAGCGUGGCUCAAGUCAAACCUUGACGGCUACUAUUCCAGGCCCGCCCGUGUGCCGCCAUACCGAUCUUCGGCGGCCUGGGCAUUGAGGCAAAUGGAUGACCGCUUCUCCAUUCUGAGGCCAGACACGGUGGUGCUGGACCUUGGCUGCUUCCCUGGCGGAUGGUCGGAGGUGGCAGUGGAGAGGAGCGAGGUCUCGAGCUCCAGCAGCCGUGUGAUAGGUGUGGAUUCCACUCGGAUGGACCCUAUGGAGUAUCACACCUUCAUCCAGGGCGACCUGGCCAAGAAGGCCACAACACAGGCCAUUUUGGAGGCGCUGGGAGACACCCGUGCGGACGUGGUCCUGUCUGACCUGUCUCCGGCCUCCACAGGCUUAAAGCAGGAGGAUCACCUCAAUUCCAUGCAAUGUUGCCUUCACGCAGCGAAGAUCAUGGAGAGGACCCUGAAGCUGGGCGGCUGGUUCGCUCUGAAACUCACCUACGGCAGCGAGAUCGGGCGCUUCAGAAUGUACUUGGACUCGCGCUUCGAGACUGUGCGAGCGAUUCGCCCAGCGGCUGUCAGGUCUAGCCGCGACAUGUUCUGCAUCUGCAAGGGCUUCAUCGGCCGGCAGACGAUCGCCUCUGAGGCGAAGAGCAAGAACGCCUACACGCAUGAGGGCAUGGACCGCUGGAAUGGGGAGAGGUGGCUGAGCAGCCAAGAGAUGCUGGAUGAGGAUGAAUGA